AUGGGAAAGGACGAGAGGCGUCGAGAGUUCGGCGAAAUCGACUGGAAGCGCGUCUACUUUUUCCUCGUCGACGAGCGCUACGUGCCGCCGACGCACCCGGACUCGAACCAGCUGAAAAUCCGCCAACAUCUCCUUGGCCAGCCCCCGGGCGUUGCGUGCAACCAGGCGGGCGGCGAGUGCCCCGACGACGUUCUCCCCGUGCCGGAGGAGAACUUGAUUGUGCCCGACACAACGCUCCCCCUCGAGGAGUGCAUUGUGAAGUAUCGAUCAGCCCUACUCGACCUCCUCGCGGCGACGCAACAAAUCGACUUCGUAACUCUUGGGCUGGGACCCGAUGGACACAUUGCUUCGAUUUUCCCGCCCCUCUCGGAGGACAGUCUCAAGGCGCAGAUGGAUCCAAAUGCCAUUGUCCUUCACACAACAACCAACCAAUUUGCAGGGUUUGACCGCAUCACGGUCUCCCUGCAGUUGCUCUGUGGAGCACACCAGAAAGUUUUCUUUCUCAAAGGCGACGACAAAAUUCGUCUCUGGCGCGAGAUGCAAGACGAUUCGCACCCAAAGGCUGUGACGGAUUUGCCGGCUCUGGCCGUCAUCCAGUCUGGAAACGUGAAGGUUGUUGCGACUCCGCCGCUUGACGUCCACGAGGAGCACUUGCAGCAGCAACUCCGCGCGGACCGAACCUUUCUCUCGGUUGUCGUUCUCGGAGCUAGCGGCGACUUGGCGCACAAGAAGACCUAUCCUGCGCUCUUCAGCCUUUUCUGCGAAGGCCUCCUCCCUCCCAACUUCCACAUUGUGGGCUACGCGCGCUCGAAGCUGUCCUUUGACCAGUUCUGGGAGAAGAUCUCGCAGAAACUGAAGUCGCUGAGUUCCUUCUUUUGUCGACGGUCCUCGUCUGGCGAUUUGCUCUCGAAAUUCAAGAGUCACUGCAGCUACUUAGCAGGAAUGUACGAUCGCCCCUCGGACUUCGACAACUUGGGAAAACACCUUCAGGAAGCGGAAGGCGACGCUCAGCAAGUUGGCCGCGUUCUCUACCUCGCGUUGCCGCCCGAGGUCUUCCUCCCGAGCGUCAAGAGCUAUCGACAAGCCUGCUGGAACGAAAAGGGCUGGAACCGCGUGGUGGUGGAGAAGCCGUUCGGGCGCGAUCUCAAGAGCUCCGACAAACUCUCGGCGAGCCUCAUGGCGCUUCUCAAAGAAAGGGAGAUCUUCCGAAUCGAUCACUACCUCGGAAAGGAGAUGAGUUUGAGCCUCACCGCGUUGCGCUUCGCCAAUGUGGCGUUCAUGCCUCUUUUCCACCGAGACUACGUCCACAGUGUGCGUAUCACAUUCAAAGAGGACGGCGGGACGUGGGGGCGCGGAGGCUACUUCGACAACUACGGCAUCAUCCGAGACGUGAUGCAGAACCACAUGGUUCAGCUCCUCACCCUAGUGGCGAUGGAGAGGCCCGCAUCCCUCAAGGACGACGACAUUCGCGACGAGAAGGUGAAGGUUCUCAAGCAAAUGCCGCCUGUCAAAAUUAGCGAGACGGUUCUGGGGCAAUUCACCAAAUCUGAGGACGGAAAGAUGCUGGGCUACACAGACGACGAGACGGUGCCGAAGGAUUCAAAAACGCCCACCUUCUGCACAUGUGUCUUGUGGAUCAACAACGAACGCUGGAGUGGAGUCCCGUUCAUCUUCAAGGCCGGAAAGGCGUUGGAGAGCAAGACGACGGAGGUGCGCGUGCAGCUGCGCGAGGCGCCUGCCGGCGCGUCCUUUUUCGGCGAACCGAAUCUCACGCCAAAUGAGCUUGUCAUUCUGGUUCAGCCUCAUGAAGCGGUGUACCUGAAGAUCCACACGAAGAAGCCUGGGUUGCUCAGCAGCGGCCUACAGCCCACAGAGCUCGACCUGAGUGUGAUGGAUCGGUUUGACGUGGACCGUCUCCCCGACGCCUACGAGCGACUCCUCCUCGACGUAAUUCGUGGGGACAAACAGAAUUUCGUGAGAACCGACGAACUGAGGGAGGCGUGGCGUAUCUUCACACCCCUUCUCCACGAAAUCGAGGAGAAGCACAUCGAGCCUCUGCCCUACCCGGCAGGCUCUUCGGGCCCACAAGCGUCCUACGAUUUGAUUCAAAAGUAUUACAGUUACAAGCGGAGCAGCUACCGAUGGUCCCCGCCGAAACGGGAAGCGUCGUCCGAAGCGUCUCAUUGA